AUGCGACGACACGAGACUCGUCGCGGCGGAUGGAACCGCGCGGAGGCGGCGCCGGCGACUUGGGAGGAGGACAAGUGUCGUGAGGAGGACGAGGCGCGGUCAAAACCGUUGACUGACGGCAUAGGAGAAUGUGAGAGAGUGAAAUAUCGGGCGAUCCCGAGCGCACCGCGGCUCAUUGAUAUCGCGUGGGAUUGGUUCACGAUACAAGCUUGCAUUGUCGCAGGCUUGAUCGUGCUGACCGGUUAUUUCACCUUUAUAUCCACGGCGACAUGGAGAAAGUGCACGGCCGCACUCGACGUGGAGUUCCGGGACUCAGCGGGCAGAGAGGAAGUUGUGCGCUCGUUCCUUCGAUGUACGUUCGGACGCGAACGUGGAAGAGGGUACGUACCUUGGCGGAUGGAAGACUUCUCUGUGCUCUUCGUGAGAAUAUCCACCUUGGGGUAUUUUGGUGAGGUGAUAUUUCAUCAACAGAGCGCCUGGCACGCGUCGAAGCAUCGGAAAUGGAGAACCAAGCUCGCCAUCAACUCGUUCGCGGCUUAUUACGUGGUUUACUUUGUCAUGAUUGCAAUUUUGGGGUAUCAUUCGCGAUACUCGCAGGCGGUAUGCAUGUCAUGCUUCGGUGCACUCUUUUACUGCGGAGCGACGUCCAAGGAGUUUUGGUCGACGAAAGGCUUCAGUUGGAUCUACACGUACGUCAUCUUGAUGGCAAUAAUCGGUAAAGCGGUGGUUGAGAUAUUUAUCAUCAUUGCGGCCGAUCCGGGUGUGAGUCCGAUGCUCAAGCUCGGCGUGAGAUUCGUGUUAGACCCGUUAUUUUGGGAAUUCGUUCGCGCCGUCGAGCGUCACUACGCCAGACUGAAUCCAUCGCCAGGACCGUGUCUUCAACUACCGUAUUUCGUUUCCUUCACGCUUCAGCAGGCGUUCUUCUCGAGAUAUAUCAUGUUCCUCCUCUCCGCAGGUGGCGCAGUGAAAAGCAUGGCCACCGUUCAAGCCGUUUUGUCGCUGCACGAGCUCAUGGUCAACCUUGUCCAGAAGGACCGCGACGUGCACCUUGUGAAACUAUUUCUGGGUAGGCAAUCCGCCGAGGCGAUUCUCAUCUCUCGGAAGCAACACGAUAUAGUCGCAUUGAAUUCGAUAGUCUCAUCGUUCGCUGAGAUCUGCGCUGUCAUCGUCAUUUCACUGUAUCUGUACGUUUUUCGAAUGGCGACGGAGGGUAACGAAAACAUCGUCAACUUGAGGGCAUAUGGCGUUCAGGCGAUCAAUUUGAUCGCCAUAGAAGUGGUGCUGUCGUUUUUCGUCAUGUAUGUGCAGCAGCGUUUUCACGGCAUACGGCAUGGCGACGUCUUCCCGAGCGGGGACUUCAUGCGUAGAGGACGCUGGUUCAUCGUGAGCUACAGAUUUGUUGUCUUCAUGUGGAUCACCGUCAUGAUGGCGCACAAAAUCACCAUUUAUCUCGUUGGUUCUCAGUUUCACAAGUAUCUUUGUCCUCGAAUCAACGAUGACGGGAACGUGUACUCGUACCAGUGCACGACUGAAGACCUGAAGCUUGCACCGGGUGGAUUCUACUUGAACUCGAACGCGUUCCUGGUACAGAUGUACGACUACCCCGUGGCGAAUCUCGAGAAUGACGCGCGCUCGUGA